AUGGAGGUCGACAUUGCGCCGCAAUUCGGCGCUGAGCUGAAGGACGGCUUCAAGACGGUCAACGCUUGGGUCUCCGGAGGCAUCGCGUGGCUCGACGACAUCCAGCAGUUCUACCGCGAACGCAGCGCCAUAGAGAAAGAGUACUCCCAGAAGCUCAGCGCCCUCGCAAAGAAAUACUAUGAAAAGAAGGCCCGGAAAGUGAGCGCCCUGAGCGUCGGCGACACCCCCACAGUCACUCCAGGCUCACUAGAGAGUGCCUCCAUGACCACAUGGGGCGUCCAACUGAACACCCUCGAGCAACGGGCGACUGAACACGACCAGUUUGCCUCCGCCCUUGUCUCGCAGCUUGCCGACCCCUUGAAGACACUGGCGACCCGCACUGAAGAGCUUCGCAAGCUCCACGGCGACUAUGCCGCAAAGCUCGAGAAGGAGAGGGACGGACAGUACGCCGAUCUGCGCAAGACCAAGGGCAAAUACGACACUGUGUGCCAGGAGGUCGAGAACCGCCGCAAGAAGCUCGACGGUGCUUUCGACCAUGGCAAGAACAAGGCACGGAAUACCUUCGAACAGCACCAGGUCGAAAUGCGCAACAUCAAGAACACGUAUCUCAUCAGCAUCAACGUCACGAACAAGCAGAAGGAAAUGUACUACCACGAGUACGUUCCGGAGCUGUUGGACAGCAUGCAAGAUCUAUCAGAAACCCGUGUCAAUAAGUUGAAUGCAAUCUGGUCCCUAGCCGCUACGAUCGAGACCCAGACCCUCACGCGCAGUACGGAAUACCUCCAGCAUCUCUCUGCUGAAAUCCCUCGGAACAACCCUCUCCUCGACUCGAUGAUGUUUGUCAGACACAACGCGGGUGGAUGGCAAGAACCUGGUAACUUCCAGUUUGAACCAAGUCCGGUUUGGCUCGAUGACGGGAAUCUUGCUGUAGACGAGUCUGCGGUAACCUUCUUACGAAACGUGUUGUUGAAGACCAAAGGCUCGCUGGGAGACUACCGACGCGAUCUCGAUAAGAAACUGAAAGAGGUAGAAAACGCAAAAGCCGUACGAAGGAACAUUCGGGAAGGAAAGGACAAGAGGGACGAAGUCGAUGUGGUCCGCGCCAUAUUCGCAAUUCAAGAGGCUGCUCACGAGCUUGAAAAGCAGAAGGUCAGCGCUGAAGUCGAAGUCUCGACAAUCACCUCGGUCGUUGGUGAUGUCAGCAUUGGUGCAAGGAACCACAACUUCAAAUCUCAGACGUUCAAGAUACCCACAAAUUGUGAUUUGUGUGGUGAUCGGAUAUGGGGCUUGUCUGCCAAGGGGUUUGACUGCCGAGAUUGCGGUUACACGUGUCACAGCAAGUGUGAGCUGAAAGUGCCAGCCGAUUGCCCAGGGGAACAAUCAAAAGAAGAGAGAAAGAAACUCAAGGAUGAGCGACAAAAGGCUUCGCAUGCUGUCACAUCGACAAAUGGCGCUGCCACCGGCUCGCAGUCUGACAUGCCGCGGCUAGGCAGAAGCGACACUGUGAACUCGAUGAAUACACUUAGUUCUGGCUAUUCUGCGACAGCUCACAGAUCGAUAUCUGGAGGGAUGUCACCAACUGCUGAGGAGCCGCCGGUAGAGAAGAAGGCACCCGCGACUGGAGCUCGGAAGAACCGAGUGGUCGCGCCACCGCCUGCGGCAUAUAUCAAAGCAGACGAUGAUGCUCCUCCACCAGCUUCCAGCGCUCUAGAGGUUAAGGGCAGGAUGCUCUACUCGUAUGAGGCAGGCAGCGCAGGCGAAUUAACGGUGACUGAUGGGCAGGACGUCACCAUCCUGGAAACCGAUGGUAGGUCCUCUCUCAGCAUCUCUCCCAUGUUUCAGUAUCUUCUGGACAUCUCGCUUACGGACUAUACAGACGGUUCUGGCUGGAUCAAAGUCCGCGCUGGAGCCAAGGAAGGUCUUGUGCCUGCCUCAUACGUGGAGAUUCUUGCUGCAGCGACACCACCCACUACUGCAUCCACUUUCUCCUCAACGCGCCCGGACUCAACCUACUCUGCAUCGUCUGCUUCUACAACAAAUCUUGCAGCUCAAUUGACCGGAGGCAAGAAGAAGGGUCCAGCUGUGGCACCUAAGCGUGGUGCGAAGAAGCUCAAAUACGUUGAAGCAUUGUAUGAGUACAACGCUCAAAGUGACGUUGAGCACUCAAUGGCGGAGGGCGAGCGAUUUGUGCUGAUCAACAUGGAAGCAGGUGAUGGUUGGGCAGAUGUCGAGAAGGACGGUGUCGUACGGAGUGUGCCUGCGAACUACAUCCAGCAGGUUGCACACGUACUUCCCAAAAGCGCGGCAAACACGAGACGAGAUCAACGAGCAACAGUGCUGUGCAACCAGCACAGUUCAUUGGCUAGCCGUAGGUCUAUAGAAGCCGCUCCUAUAGUUUUCUUGGCCAGCCCUGGCUCUGGUGAUCACAGUGACACAUACUGGUGGCACUACUCAAUCUGCUCCUUUUCUAUACAACAGCUGUUCUCUGAGUUAGUUUUACCGGCGUUGUUGUUCACAUUGCUUGAAUUGAGUCACUCCUUUUCCAUUGCCAUCAUUUAUUGCCUCGCAUUCUCGACGCUCGUUGCCAUAUACUAUACGCUCUACGCAGAGAUUGAUUCCCGAAUUCGGCCAGACAACCGAAGGCCUUCGUGGGCAGUGCUUCACAGGGCCAGUCCAGAUCGGGAGCUCCUCCAUCUCACUCCUUCGACAUCAUCAGUAUAUAUUACACGCUCCUUCCGCAUUCCUGGCUCGUGCUUAACCACAACAAAACCACAAUACAACGACCCCGAGAUCUCUCCGCGUAGAUCACCACGCGAAUUGCCGGCAAAGUUCAAUUGGAGCGAUUGCAAGUGGCCUUUCACGAUGAGAUAUCAAUACAUUGCUAUCUUUGCUGCGGCCGCCACGAUGACCGCAGCGAAGCCUCACCAGCGCUUCCAUCGUCAUGCCCCUGCUUAUGUUGGUCGCAUGGCUCGCCCAGAUAGUACCUUGUCUGCGCUGGCGCCAGUUGAGACUGUGGUUGUGUAUGAGUUGGACGGUCACCUCAUUUCCGAGGAAGAGGCUCGCCGCGGCAUCGCCAAUGGCACUCUUCGCUGGGGCGACGAUGGCGUUCUUUCAAGUUCCAUCAAAGGUCCCGUCGCGCUUCCCACUACCCCACCAGCUUCCUCGACCGAGGUGAAGGAGUCAGCCCAGGAUCAACCGGCAAUUACUCAGGUUCAACAGGUCGAGACGCAACCGCCUGUGGCAUCCACAAAAGAGACUUCUACUGUAGUCAUACCUGCUUCGUCAGAGCCGGCCCCUUCACAAGCACCUGCUCCAGAUGUGGCUCCAAAUACCCCAGAUGUAGCACCAGAUGCGUCGCCGGAUAACCCCAAUGAUCUAGUCGACGAGAACGGUAACUGUGCAUCUUGCGAUAAGCCAUUCCCGAACGGUCUCAUUCCCUGCACCCAGUUCCCUUACGGCUACGGCGCCAUGCCUCUCCAUCACGAGGGCCUGGGAGGUUGGUCUGGUAUCCAAGAUCCUGUGUACCGCGGCAGCGAUGGGUUCGAUAGCAUCAGGACAGUCGUCAAGGGCUCGUGUUCUGACGGCACCUGCUGCACAGAAGGCACCUACUGCUCUUACGGCUGUCCGAACCCAUACCUCAAACUCUCCUUCCCCAAAAAGCAAGGUAGGACUGGUCAGACCGUCGGCGGCCUGUAUUGCAACGAUCAGGGCAUGCUAGAGAUGGCUGAUGGCUCUAUCGGCGAGACGCUUUGCGGCAAGGGCUCCAGCAAGAUGACUGUCAAGGUGCAAAACAAGCUCAAGAAGCCAGUGUCAAUCUGCCGUACCGACUACCCUGGUACCGAGUCCAUGACCUUCCCUCUAACUGUCGGUCCCGGCGAGAUCGGUUACCUCGCCAACCCUGACCAGGGCAAGUACUUCUUCUGGGAUGGUAAAGCUACCUCUGCCCACUACUAUGUCAACAAGCAAGGUGUACCUGAGAGUGAGGCAUGCACGUGGGGCCACGACGGCAAGGGUGUUGGCAACUGGUCGCCAACAGUUUUUGGCACCUCCUUCGAUGACCUCGCUUCUGGUGUUGGCUACUCCAGCUUGAAGCAGAACGAGCUGAACUGGAACGAGAGACUCGACUACUCGAUCACAUUUAUUGGCGAUGGCGUCGUCAAUGCCUGCAAGUACAAAGCUUCCACUGUCCAGUACGGUCAGGGCGACAGGUGGUUCGACAGCAUCAGAGAAGGCUGUACCGCUGGCAUCUCAGAAGGCAGCACUCUUACCCUCGUCCUUACGGACGACUAG